AAUCCUAUUAGAAUCGCAUCCGAAAAAAAAAUCUCGUUCUCGUGUAGUGCUGCGCCCGGAAAAGUUCUGAUUCAGAUUCUUUUCUUCCCGUUUGUCGGUUUAGUGUAUAUCAGUGGUGUUAAAAUGUGUCUUUUCUACUAAAAACGUGACUGAAUUAAGUGCAAAUCAAACCACACACACUGUUGUUUGGCUGCAGGCAGUGUGAGAGCAGGAGGAGGACGAAGAUUCGCAUCGCCAACUCUCACCCACAUCGAAGGAUAGCUGCUGCUGCUGCUGCUGCAGGAAGAAGAAAAAACGACACAGGAAUCGCGUACACCGAAGAGGGGGUCACUCAAAUCGGGGCAGUGACAGUCGGAACUGGCGGCGCGUUCCGUUGUGGGUACAUAGUCUCUGCGAAACACUCAUAGUGCAGUUUCCUAGCAUAUUAUGUGCCCGAUUCCGGCGGAAUGUGUGUUCAGAGGGAACCUUUCCGUGCUAUGCUGGUGAAUUGGUCGAGUUGAUGGGUUCAUGCUCGUAGUAGUAGUGCAGUGGUGUUGUUGAGUAUUUUUUGUUGUGUUCGUGUGAGCGAUACAAUCGAUAGAGCAGUGUGAGGUUUUAGUGGAGAAGCAGCAGCCAGCCGCAGCAUAGAAGCUCCCGUGAGACGACUGCCUGCGAGGAACCCUGGUUCGACUCUGUCCAAAGGAUAGAUCUUGAUACACAUGUGUGUGCGUGUGGUUUUGUGCGCUCGCAGCAUAUGACGGAAGAAAGAGAGAAAACAAGCGGUUGAAUUUUGGGAUUUGAGGUGUAUAUGUUUGGUAUGUGGUGGCGUUUUGAUGAAGCGAGGCUACAUUUAGUGGAUAAGCAGUAGCAGAACCAAACGCAUCUCGUCGCGACUUGUGUUGUUUGCGAGGAAAAAGUGUGAACGCAGAGUGGAACCCUCUUCCACAAAGCGCCUGGGUUGACGUAUCGAAUUUGCAACCUGGCCGUCUGAUUUGUGCAUGGUAAAAAUGUUCGUCUCCAAAUAAGUUGCCGCAGCAACUGUGCAUUAGUAAAACAAACAAAUAAUACUAGUGUUUAGUGGCAAUUUUACGAGUGCUGAUAUGUGAGAAAUAUGUCAGAACCAGCUAUUGGUGGGCGCAGUAAUCGACAGUGAAAAGCAGACCACUGUGUAGCCUCAGCAGCAGCCAGCCAACCGGCCAGCUAACUAGGUUUAGCUGCUUGUCGACCGCGGAAAAGAAGAAGGCUCUAGUGAAACCAAAACCCUCUCAAUCCCCAAGAUAGAGGAAAAUAGAAAGAAAAAAACCGUCGGUGUGCGUGGUGCACCACGUGUGUAAAGUGCCGCUCGACAAUCGUGAAAGUGCGUCGUGUGAAUCCCGCGAGUGGUGUGGUUCGACCUUUUGCUUCCGCUGGUUUGUGAUUUGUGUCCGUGUACCGUAUGGAUAAGAAGUGAGUCGAUAUUAGAAGUGCGCGACAGCGGAAAAGUUCGUGGUCAAAAGAGAGUGUUAUCAGGGUAGCCAGGUGUGCGUGAGUGUUAUCCACAAAAUGUACGCGAAAGGCAAAGGAACAGCGGUGCCGUCGGAUGCACAAGCUAGAGAAAAAAUUGCACUGUAUGUAUAUGAAUAUUUAUUACACGUAGGAGCAUCGAAAGCAGCACAAACAUUCUUAUCGGAGAUACGGUGGGAGAAAAAUAUCACACUAGGCGAACCUCCGGGCUUCCUGCACUCGUGGUGGUGCGUAUUCUGGGAUCUCUACUGCGCGGCACCGGAGCGACGGGACACCUGCGAGCAUUCAUCCGAGGCCAAAGCAUUUCAUGAUUACGGUUUCGUGAGUUCGGGAUACGGAGUAAACGGAAUAGCACACAAUGCCGGACCAGCGCCUAGUCCGCUGGGACAGUUACCACCAAACGAGGGCAUGCCCGGCGGUCCGAUGGCACCAACCGGUUUCUUUCCGAACUCCUCCAUUAGGCCAUCACAACCUUCACAUCCUAGUAGUGGGCAGUCCCCACAUCCACAACCACCAAACUCGCAUGGACAGAUGAUGAGCGGCCAGCCAUUUAUGGGAGGUCCACGGUAUCCACCAGGUCCUCGGCCCGGAGUCCGAAUGCCACAAGGAAUUGGAAACGAUUUCAAUGGUCCUCCCGGACAACCAAUGAUGCCAAAUAGUAUGGACCCCACGCGGCAAGGUGAAGCUGGAGACUUUGUAGCAUGGCAAGGCCCUCCAGGUAUGGGUCCAAUGAAUCCUAGAAUGAACCCACCUCGCGGUCCCGGGAUGGGACCCAUGGGCGCCGGCACGUAUGGGCCGGGAAUGCGCGGCCCACCACCCAACAGCAGUUUAGGCCCGGGUGGGAUGCCUCCGAUGGCAAUGGCCGGCGGUAGACCCCAGUGGCAAUCGAAUACGUCGUCGCCCAUGAACUAUUCAUCCUCGUCACCUGGCAAUUACGGUGGUCCUCCGGGACCCAGCGGACCUCCCGGACCCGGAACGCCGAUCAUGCCAUCACCUCAAGAUUCAUCCAACUCCGGUGGCGAGAAUAUGUACACACCAAUGAAACCCGAAUUCCCUAUGGUCGGCGGCUCGGACGGAGGUGGCCCGAUGGGAGGUCCCAUGGGGCCGAACUCGAUGGGCGGCCCGGUACUUAACAACGACGGUCUGGAUGGUAUGAAGAACAGCCCGGCGAAUGGCCCCGGAACGCCCCGAGAGGACUCCGGCAGUGGAAUGGGUGACUACAACCUUGGCGGCUUCGGUGGACCUGGAGAGAACGACCAAACCGAGUCGGCCGCUAUACUCAAGAUCAAGGAAAGCAUGCAGGAAGAGGCGAAACGCUUCGAGAAAGAUUCCGACCAGCCCGAUUAUUACAUGCAAUAACAUCCUCCUCCUAGCGUUUCUAUUACUGCAACAACAUCAACUACUACUACUGCUGCAGCAACAUCAACUAUUACUACUACCACUACUACAAGUACUACUUCUUCUGUUGUCGAACAAACUUGUACUGAUAACAUUCAUUUCGCCCCUAUGAGUACUUCGACCAACACAACAAACGCCGCUUCUUUCACUACUUCUACCAAAUGCAACUGAGUUGUGCUUCUCUAUUUCUUGAGGACAAAACACACACACACAUACACCAAGCGAGCGGCAACCAGAAUGUAUAACACACAGUCCUUAUGUAGAGUAUCUCUUAUUGCUUUUAUUUCCUGUUAUUGGCUCAUAAAUCCACCUAUCGCUAAUAAAACAAAAUUCUACUCAUCAAAAGUCUCACCAUAUAAACAUGCCUCGUGAAGUCAGAUUCUGCAAAAAUAUAACGAUCAUAAACAAAAACAAAACAACACACAAAAAACAAUGCAACCAGAGGUGUGAAAGCCGAAUCGUGUCUACUUUUGUUUCUCAUUUUCCCGUGUAUCCCUCGCAAUAUAGAGAAUAUCUAUUCUCGGAUUUAUCUCACGAAAUCCAAUUUCCGUUGCCCAAAUGAAACCCAAAAGAAAUAAAAAAAAACAAGAAAUAAGAAAAAUAGAACGUGUUGAACAAUUUGUGAGAAACUGAUGCAAAUGAUGCAAAAAGAAUAAAAAAACACACACAACACAACGUAUAGGAUAAUUUUACCAAUAUCAUUAAACGAGAAAACAAAAAAGAAAAGGAAAAGAAAGAAAGAACGAGAGCGUCGAUCCGUCGGGAAUGCCAACCAACACCUUAAACAUAAGACAGCAAACCAAGCAAAAACCGAGCAAAAAAAAGGGAGAGAUGCGCGAGUCUAUCGAUUUGGCAAUAGAAUCGCGAAAACGAUAUAUGGUAAUGAGAAGAAAAAAAGCGAAAGCAAACAAGAAGAUACAUCUGUGUUAGAAUUUAUUAUUAUUAUUAUUUUCUCGAGCAAGACGUGCAACAACAAACAGAAAACUGGAAAAAAAACAAAACAAAAACCAGGAAGAUAGUGGAAAAUAAUCAUUUUUGUGAAACACAAAA